GUCCCGGUGACGUCAUCACCGGGCGCCGGUGGCGGCGGGCGGUUGCCGCGGUAACGGCGCGGCGGCAAUGGAGGGCGGCGGGCGGCCCUCGGCUCUGCAGGCCGCGCUGCUGGCGACCAGCACCGCCCUCACCGCGCUGCUCUACUCCGUGUACCGGCAAAAGGCCCGAGUCGCCCGCGGCCUCGAGGGCGCCAGGACGGUCCGGCUGGAUGGGGACCUGCGGGCGGUGCUGCUGGAGGCGCCGGGGCGCUGCGUCCCGUAUGCGGUCAUCGAAGGUGUGGUGCAGUCCGUGAAGGAGACCCUGAGCAGCCAGUUUGUGGAGAACUGCAAGGGCGUUGUGCAGCGGCUGACGCUGCAGGAGCACAAGAUGGUUUGGAACCGAACAACCCACCUCUGGAACGACUGUGAGAAGAUCAUCCACCAGCGAACCAACACCACCCCCUUCGACCUGGUCCCUCCCGAGGAAGGCGCCGGCGUCACCGUCCGCGUGAUGAAGCCCCUGGACGCCGCCGAGCUCAGCCUGGAGACGGUGUACGAGAAAUUCCACCCCUCCGUGCAGUCCUUCACCGACGUCAUCGGUCACUACAUCAGCGGGGAGCGUCCCAAGGGCAUCCAGGAGACCGAGCAGAUGCUGAAGGUGGGGACGGCGCUGACGGGGGUGGGAGAGCUGGUGCUGGACAAUGCCACCAUCAAGCUGCAGCCGCCCAAGCAGGGCAUGCCCUACUACCUCAGCAGCCUGGAUUUCAGCACCUUGCUGCAAAAACACGAGGCGAACGUCCGCUUUUGGAAAAUCCUCACCGUGGUUUUCGGUUUCGCCACCUGCACCGUCCUCUUCUUCAUCCUACGGAAGCAAUACCGGCACCACCGGGAGCGGCGGCACCUCAAGCAGAUGCAGGAGGAAUUCCGACAGGCGCAGGAGCGCCUGAUGCGCGAGAUGAACGCGGAAGGUGGCGAAACGCUCAAAAACGCCUGCGUUGUCUGCUUGAGCAAUGCCAAAUCUUGCGUCUUCCUGGAGUGUGGCCACGUCUGCUCGUGCAGCGAGUGCUACCGGGCGCUCCCCGAGCCCAAGCGCUGCCCCGUCUGCCGACAGCCCGUGUCCAGGGUGGUUCCCUUGUACAACAGUUAAAUUUCUGUGCGCUGGGGGAAGCUUUUAGCAUUAAAACCGCCUCUCGCAAAAGGGUUUUUUCUCGCCUGCCUGCUUGGGUGGUUGAUUUUGGGGAAGCUCCAGAGGUUUUUUGGGGGGUGAGAGACGAGGAGUCCUUGUAAAGGGCGCGGUGCUCGGCUGGGAGACGCUGUUUUAAGCUCUUCUGUUAAGAGUUGGACUCUUGGGGUUUGUGGCAUGGUUUGCUGAGCUUGUGGUCCCUUAUAAAAAUAUUGCGAGGAAAAAUAAAGAUGUAUUAUGGCUGCGGAAUUGGGGUGAUGCUGCCAGCUGGCUCUGAGGAGCCGCAUAGCAGGGGGAGUUUUUAGAGAGCUUGUGUGAACAAAAUCAGUUUUGUGACUGUCUGCAAAAUCGAGUUGUGACCGUGUCACACCUGGAGGCGAAAAUACUGCAGCCGAUUGCUGCGCUUGGCUUGAGCUGGGGUGGAAAAUGGGAUGUGAAGGAAUAAACCAGGAUGAAAAGCA